CCUCUUCCCCAUCCACACCUCACGGGAAGCUGUCCCUUCUCCUCUUCUCCUCCUCGGCUGCGGCCACGGCGACGACGACGACGACGAAUUCGAGCGAGGCGAUCGGCGAUGGAGGCGGUGGCGAUCUGAUCCGCUCUUCCCGUCUCGGCCUCGCGCUCCUCUCCCUCCCUCGCGGUGUCUCGGGGAAAUGGCGAUCAUGGUGGAUCCUCCAAAUGGGAUGGGUAACCAAGGGAAGUAUUACUACUCGAUGUGGCAAACUUUGUUUGAGAUAGACACUAAGUAUGUGCCAAUCAAGCCCAUCGGGCGAGGAGCUUAUGGGAUUGUUUGUUCAUCCAUAAAUCGUGAGACCAACGAGAAAGUAGCAAUAAAGAAGAUACACAAUGUUUUUGACAACCGUGUUGAUGCACUAAGGACUUUGCGGGAGCUGAAACUUCUCCGGCAUCUCCGCCAUGAGAAUGUUAUUGCUUUGAAGGAUAUAAUGAUGCCAGUACACAGGAGGAGUUUUAAAGAUGUGUACUUAGUUUAUGAACUCAUGGAUACUGACCUGCAUCAGAUAAUCAAGUCACCUCAGGGUCUUUCCAAUGAUCACUGCCAAUAUUUUCUUUUUCAGUUGCUUCGAGGACUGAAAUAUCUCCAUUCAGCAGAGAUACUCCACAGAGACCUGAAACCUGGAAAUCUACUGGUUAAUGCAAACUGUGAUCUCAAGAUAUGUGAUUUUGGUCUUGCACGCACAAACAGUAGUAAAGGUCAGUUUAUGACUGAGUAUGUUGUCACCCGCUGGUAUAGAGCUCCUGAGUUGCUCCUUUGCUGUGACAACUAUGGCACUUCCAUUGAUGUUUGGUCUGUUGGUUGCAUCUUCGCUGAGCUACUUGGUCGGAAACCUAUUUUCCCAGGAACUGAGUGCCUAAAUCAGCUCAAGCUCAUUGUCAAUGUUCUUGGCACCAUGAGCGAGUCUGACUUGGAGUUCAUUGACAACCCAAAAGCUCGCAGAUAUAUCAAAUCCCUCCCCUACACUCCCGGUGUGCCCCUCGCGAGUAUGUAUCCGCAUGCACACCCUCUUGCCAUUGAUCUUUUACAGAAGAUGCUCAUAUUUGAUCCUACCAAAAGAAUCAGUGUCACCGAGGCUCUUGAGCACCCUUACAUGUCCCCUCUGUAUGAUCCAAGUGCAAAUCCUCCCGCGCAAGUGCCUAUCGAUCUGGACAUAGACGAGAACAUCAGUGCAGAUAUGAUCAGGGAAAUGAUGUGGCACGAGAUGCUCCACUACCACCCUGAAGUUGUUGCAGCAAUGAGUGCCCGAUGAUCUUCAACUGUCCCCAGGAACUUUGCAGGCUCACUUUUUUUUCUUCUUCUAAAAGCCUACGGCGAUUAUCGCACCUAUUAAGUAACCAAGACGUGCAAGACUUAUUUCAUGUAUAUAUGAGCGAAAUAAGAACGUUGUUGUAUCCAUAUAGUUCAUGUUAUGGACCAUUACUUGGUGUAUGCAUUUCACAUUUCCACUGGACAGUUAUGUUGUUGUACUAGUUCAUGAUGAGAAGUGCUAUUAAAGUGAAUUCAGUAAUGCUGCGAAGUGUUAA